AGUCAGGCCAUCUGGCAGCAUGCCGGAGGCUACGAUCACAUUUCUGAGCACAAAAGAACGAUGAGAUUUAUUUCCUAUACUGGGUAAAUACAGUCCAACCAUGUGAUCAGUGGAAUAACCAAUAAGCAGCCGAGGAGAAGGUAAGGGCAGGAAAAAAAAAAUACUACCAUUUUAGGGGAGGAUGUAAGCCCACUAUACCAGCCCCAUCUAACGUUUUACAGUCGCACUUAAGUGUAUUUUUAUUGAAAUAAUAAAAUAAACAUGUCGCUAACGAAUUAUUAUUCCAUGAUGGGGCUCCAGACUGAGGAGCCGUACGGUGCGCAUUUCAUCCCGGGAGGCUUGCAGGGUUCUUCGGUCGGCUGCGGAAAGCCAGCCCGGAGAGGAGCGGAGGAGGAGGAGGAGGAGGGGACCCCCAUCCCGGAUUUUUCACAUUUUUCCAACAAACAGACGGGCUUAAAUGGCUUUUCUCCCUGGGCCAACACCUCCACUUCCUCUGCGCCUUCUUCCCCGCAGCUGCAGUCCAAUCCGGGCCUAUUUCAUCCACAUCCACACCUCCUGAGCCACCACCAUCACCACCACCACCACCCGUGGACGCAGCAGAAUCACGCCGAGCACCUCGCAUCAUCGGCGGCUUCAGAGAGCAGGUUCGUCCGCUGUUGGGAGGGUUCGACCCCGGCUUUGGAGACCCCUUUGUCCCAUGCAUCUGAUGGGUUUUCCGGGUGUGUCCCCGCUCAGGGUGACCUCUCCGAUCCAACACCGACGUAUGCGGCGGUUAAACCGGAGAGUUCACCUCCGUCCGACAGCCCCGAGGAAUCCAGCUUCAACAGCCCGGCUGAGGUGGUCCUAGAGCGGCUUGGCACCGUGGAGGAGCUCGGUAAGAAGACGGAGCCCAAGAAAGAGAACGAGGAGAAGAAAAAAAAUCCUAUGAUAGACCCGGAUAAUCCUGCCGCAAGCUGGAUCUACGCCAAGUCCACCCGGAAGAAGAGGUGUCCGUACAGCAAGUACCAGACCCUGGAGCUGGAGAAGGAGUUCCUGUACAACAUGUACCUGACGCGGGACCGGCGGCUGGAGGUGGCCGCGCUGCUGAACCUGACCGAGAGGCAGGUGAAGAUCUGGUUCCAGAACAGGAGGAUGAAGAUGAAGAAGCUGAUGAUCCGGGAGAGGAGGGGUCCGAACGAGUGACGGGAUACACCGCUUUUGGGAUGUUUUUGGUCCAGGAGAGAUGAGAUGAAAAGAGACGCAGUGCUCCAAGAUGACGAUCUGGAGCUAGAAAACUAACCGAGGUGGAAAAGACUGCAGGGGGGAGACCAGGAUGUGUUGUAACACUUUUGUUUAAAAAGAUAUUCCUUUUGCAACGUCUUUUGGUCUUUUCUUGUUGGAAAUUGAAGAACUUAAACUCUUCCAUCUGCAUGUGACAGCUUACCUUUAACCCGGGGUAAAUAACGCUAACAUUUACAAAAACAUCCAUAAAUCUGAACUUAAAACCAACAUAUUAGAUGAUAUCAAUGACUUCGCUCUUUUGGAGAACACAUCUGGUUUUGAUAAAGCUGUAUAUCUCACAUUUCCAGAACUGAAGCUGAAGCUAAAACUGAAACUGAAGCUACUUACUUCAUAAAUGGUCUGUGCUUUCUGCCAAAAAUGCAAAUUGCAUUUUUUAUGAUUUAAUGCUUAAACUAUUGUCCUCAUAUAAAACUGCUUUCAUUGUGCCAGGCGGGAAUGCACCGCGUCUGUUAAAGACACAAAUAGAGUGUUUAUUUGGCAUUAGGGGGGGGGGGGUACUUUUGGGAAAGGACCCUUAACAAAUAGAAGCCUAACACUUAAUAAUAAUAUGUAAUAAUAGAUACUUAAUUAUAAUAAUAUUAGCCAAAUAUAUUCAGAGUCUGUUUAUGUGGUUAAUAAUCCAAACAACACUUAAUGCAUUUAAUUGAUCCAUUUGUAGGAUUUAGUUUAAAAACUAUAUUUACUUUGCAUGACCCAGUUUGAUUUAACACUCAAAGCACACAUGCACUGUGUCCAGACGUGCUGUUGUUAUUCAGUCUCAUUGCUGAUGGAGAUAUAAUCCUUACAGAAUUUUUACAUAUCAAUUAACUAAAAACCAAAUGUACCUUUUUGUGAAUGUGAAAUGCUUUUCCCCGUGAAAUCAACAAGUCAAAUGUGUGUCAGAAGAAAAGUGAAAAAACUCAAGUAGAGUGGAUGUUCUUUUUUGAGGCAGUGUUGGAAGAAGUACUCAGAUCCUUUACUUAAGUACAAAUACAACACCGCUGCUUAAGUAGAAAAAAUAAAAACACUACAACAAAUAAAUGAAUGCAGAUUUAAAUGUCCUUUCUAGAUAUCUGAGUUUGCACUCCUGAUGCUCUAUUGGUUUUAGAUCCUAUACCCAAUGCAUUUAAAUGACCUCUUAACCUUUGAGGGCAUUAACCUGCUAAAUAUUAGGACGUUUUAGUGUCAAUCAUGAUGAGGUGUAGGGUUAGGGUUAGGUGCUUUUUUCUAUCCAAAACUUUAAAGAUGUUAUUGCAUACAGCUCGUAUCUUUGGUUGUACUUUCAUACCCGAGAAAAGUCAUAAAUACACUCAUUUGCAUAAAAUCCACAAAAUCCAUUGUGUGUAACCCGUGGAAUUAAUGGAGUUACGUGAAACCAAAAGCCAAUGUUGGCUUAUUUUAACAGAUAUGUAACAAAUGACUUAUUUUAACUCAAACCUCAAACCUUUUCUUAAACAAGUUUCCUGCAAAAGUGCAAUGAGGCUUUGUGUUGCUGGAUAUUUAAAGGAAAAUGCAUGAAAAACAUCUGAAUAACUUUCCAUAAGCUUCCGUUUUAUCAUACUUUUUAUACUUGAAAACAAAAGUAUAUAGUUUGCAGCAUUUUAAUUAUAAAAACAAACUAUGUAAUGGUCUACAAGAAAGACUUAAAUGCUUAUGUAAUACACAUUUCAGGUGUGUCCAAUGGGGUUUUCUCUGUGUUACAACCGUCCCCGUCUCCCCUGAUUUUAACAUUUUGCUCUUUAAAAAAAGUUUACGAUUUUUUUCUUCUUUUAUAAACUGUGCAUGUAUA